CGCUCUUGCGGAGCUAGUAUUGAACCGCAGUUGACCACCUUGUUAGACUACCUCUAGAGGAGGUAUACAGUAGCGUCCGAGGUGCUUCUACUUGUACAAGCCGCCUCAAGCGGAUUAAAGGAUAUUGCAGCCGCUGUUGAGACCUCGGUCCUCAUAUGAUGCCGUAAUUUGACGCAAGCUCAUGAAUCUUGUACGGGAUCCUCGUCCUAUAUCGUACAUCAUGACAUAACCACGUCCUGGUUUUACGAGGUAUUUGACACUACCAGUUUGCAUCAUGAAUCAACAUGACAGGUGAAAAGGCAAUUCCAAGCCACUAUGAGAUUACCGUCGACGCAAAUGAGGAAGAAAAUCGGUUUAUUGGUUCUUCUCCGUUGAUUGUUUCUUCAUUCCGGGGAAAGAUACGUACUCCCGAUCCGGGGUUUUGCCCGCCGCGCCGUUCCGUCCUCCGGCCUAGAGCUUCAACCUCCAACCAAAAAAACACAAAGCCUACCAAGACACGGCCAACAAUCCAGGAUUCACAAUGACGUCUACCGUAGACUCUCCACAGUCGAAUCGCUGGUUUGUCGUCCCGGGCCCCAUUCGAAAUUUAUUCAACCAUUUCCCCCUUCACGUAUACAGCCCCGAAGAACUCCCUGCAAGGUCCCCCGCCAUCGUGCGCCAACGACCGGCCCUAUAUGUUUUUGUGGCAGAUGAAGAUGCUUUGAUAGGGAAGCCGAGCUAUAAUCCUUCAUGUCUGAAGUGGCAGGUGUGUUUGAAGUCGAGGGACACGAGUCGAUAGAGGCAUUGUGCUAAUGCUAUCUCGACAGACUGUGUUGAGAAUCGCUGGUAUUGAUUUCGAUAUCGUACCUUCGAAUAACCACGCCUCGCCCUCAGGCGCAUUGCCUUUUCUCCUGCCACUGGCGCCGCAAGCUUCGAAACCCCUUACUGGCGAAAAGAUUCACAAAUACGUGCGCGAGCACGCUGUCCAUGAGCUGUCCAACAUCACAUCACCCCGCCUUGAAGCCUACCAAGCUCUCCUGACACAAAAUAUACGACCAGCUUGGCUAUAUGCUCUCUACCUCCUACCCGCCAAUGCCACUCUCCUCAAAAGUCUCUACCUUCCUUCCUCGAUGCUCCUUCGCGCGCCUCUUCAUCAGACACUCCAUGCCGCGGCCACUUCCGAAAUACUCAAGACAACACGACGCGCGACUAUCUCACCGUCACAACUUCUAACUGAAGCCACAACUGCCCUGCGAGCACUAUCAUCCCUGCUAGGAGAGGAUAAAUGGUUCUUUGGUGCUCAUGGGCCCGGCUUGUUUGAUGCAGACGUGUUUGCAUACACCUAUCUGAUAGAUGAUAACGCUCUUGCUUGGCAGGACAAGUCAUUGAGCCAAUGCUUGGGAGGACUAGAUAAUUUGAAGAGGCACAAGGAACGGCUAUACAAAAAGUGCUGGGGAGUGGGCACAUUGUGAAGCUAUCAGUGUGCCCAUUAUCUGGGAGGAUAGUUUCAUCCCAUCGUCGUAGAGAAGACGAGACACGUGCUGUAUAAAUAUGUACUAUAUGUAUCACGAAGGAAUUGGCAAGGGAAAAUAGAUACGGCUAAGUAGCCAGCUUAGAAUCCGGUGCCUGGAGGAAUAUGCGGAAACCCGAUCUAUCACUGAUUGUCGACAUUGGUCUUAUCUAUGUGCCGGGCAUUGUACAACCCGCCGUUCUUUGCCUGCAAGAGGGGAGUUGUUGACCUAUUAUCCAUGAAGCCAUCCUCAAGCUCUUCACCCGUCUAUAAGAGUUUAUCAGGAACACAGAACCUCCAUUCGAAAUGCGUUGUAUCGACAAAGUGCCACUCUCAUAUGAGCACAGUAUCUUACAGGCUCAUGUGGUAAGAAAACGCCGAUGACCACAAAACCCCAAGAAUGUAAGCCGAUAAUGAGGCAAAAGAAGGCAUGUCGGCGAGGCUGGAAUCAGUGUUGUGGGGGUUGUGGAAUUCCCUUCAAGACAUCAUUUACUGAAGCAAAUGCUCCCUCGCCACCGUCUUGGCGAAGGUCUUCAAGGAGCACGCUGGUCUGAGCAUAUACUUUCUCUAAUGCUGCUCGAGACGAUUUGCCGAGAGAUACUGCUUGUUCGUUAGCGUUGUCAACUACUGAUAUGUUCCUUUGUUCGACUUACGUAGAAUGGCCGAGUUUAGUUCCUCUGCAACAGUAACUCUACCGUUCCUAUCCAAGAGGUGGCUGACUUGAGGCACCUUGAGUGGGUUUUCAUAAGCCAACAAUGCCCAAAUCUCAGUAAGUGCCUUGCUAACUUCUACCCGUGGGUCAUUGACGUAUUGUUCCUGGAGUGUCCGUCCGUACUCCAGCAUAUUGCGCUCAAGCUCUGCAACCACUGUCUUAUUCUCACCACCAUCGGUAUCUCUUGAAGUAUUUUCGCUCCCAUUAAGAUCGAGAUCCAUGGUCUGAGGGGCGGGGUUGUUAACAUGCCCAUUACCCUUGGUCUCAUUGCGCAUGUUGAGCUGGGCCGCCUUUCGCACCAACUCGAUAAACUUGCGACAUUGCAAUCUAAAAUAAACCUGUUCGUUAUCCUUUAGAACGUGGGGAUAGUAUGCAUUCGUGUACUUGAGCGCCCUGUCAAUAUCCCCUUCGAGGAUUGCACGCCGAAUCCCUGUGUCGUGGUCAGAAGUAGGACAA